UAUAUACGUUUACAUUAUUAUAAACUUGUAUUUCAUGAAAACACGGAAUAAUCUACAUCCACUCAGUAAACCUGAAGAAUUAUUGAAAACUACCGAAAUUCCAUUAGAAGAACAGAAAGUGAUUCGACCGCAUCAAUUAUAUUCUUUAGCUACACCAAUGAACAGAAACUCAUGUCAUGUUAUUUAUAAUGACGGUGUACAUAGUGAUUGUUGUGUAUGGUCACCUGAUCCGUUAAUCAAUGGUCCAGCAAGAUGUGGCUGUUUUAUGGCUACUAUUCUAGCUAUAUUCAGUAUCAUAUUAUUACUUAUUGGGAUAAUUUUAACCAUACUGCAUUACGUAAUCGGUAUGGAAUUUUACACAAUUAACCGCGGUCAAACUAUUGGUCCAUUACUAUUAGGCCUCACAAUUAUACCACUUAUAUUCAUGAUCUACUUCAUAUGUAUAGCUAGGCAUAAAAUAACUGAUUAUGUUGAACAGUUAUCAUUGAAUUACCUUGCCAAAGAACGAAUAGCUUAUAGACAACAUCAGGCAGAAUUAGCACGAAGUUCAAUUGGAUUACAAAACUCAUCUAGAUACAGUUAAUAAACCAAGAGAGAAAUCCACUGUAUAAACUAAUCUCAUUCAACAUUUGAUCUUUUUGUGAAUUUCAUUUAAACAUUUUGUAACCUACAGUCAUUAAUACAUUCAAUGUAAAACAUUAUCAAGGUGAACCUUAUUUAUCAAAACAUUACAGAUGUAAGAAUUUACAAAAAAGGUGUAUUCAUUCUUUAUAUCUAUUUUUUCUUAUAUUACUGUAACCGUGGUGAUUCAGUUUCUUGUACAUACAUCAUUAUGCUUA